AUGGAUGGCCUCAACGCAAACGAGCAGCGCGAGUUCGCCGCUCGCAUGGAGCGCAAGCAGAUGAAGGAGUUUAUGACUAUGUAUUCCAAGAUGGUUCAGCGGUGCUUUGAUGACUGCGUGAACGAUUUCACCACCAAGUCCCUGACCAACCGGGAAGAGCAAUGCCUGAUGCGCUGCGUUGACAAGAACCUCAAGAGCUCUCAACGUUUGAAUGAGCGUUUCCAGGAGCAGAAUGCCGCCAUGAUGCAGAGCGGCCAGCUGGGCGGAAAAUAA